AUGAGGUUCCAACAAAGUCAUUAUGACUAUUCUCAGUUCACAAAGAGGUCCAGUACUAACGUCGUAAUAAUACUAGUCUAUGUUGAUGACUUACUGAUAACUGGUCAAGCAAAAGGAUUGUAUUAUCUCAUAGCUCUGGAGUUGAUAGCUGCAUCUGGUUUAGGAGGAGCUAAAACUGCUGGCACACCACUUGAAUUGAAUCAAAAGCUAAAUUUAGCUCAAUAUGAUCAAUGCAUUCCAAGUAGCAACACCAAAGAUGAUCAAGUGCUUCAGGAUCCUAGUAAGUAUCAAAGGUUGGUAAGGAGGUUACUAUACCUCACUGUGACUAGACCAGACUUGACAUUCUCAGUUUAA